AUGUUGCGACAAUUAGCUUGGACAAUAGUCCAGUCUAGGGGCAUUAAACACAAGAUUGAUGUCAAGUGGGUAAGACCGGAGUAUGUGCCAGCUUACAAACCAGAAAAAUCUGGAGACUUGGAAAGUUUGCCUCCUAUUCCUGAGACCGCUAUUGGCAGAGAUUAUGCUCUAUCUGAAGAAAUCAAAGACGCACCAGAGUCAGUUAAGAAGAUAUUCUCAGUUGGUCACCUUGGUCGCAAGGAGUACAACAUUCUGGUCAAGGAGGAACUCAAGAACAGAGUCCGGAGACAUGAGUAUGACUUCUCUACUGCUGAGACUAAGAUUGCUAACAUGACAGGACAGAUUCGAUAUCUCCAAGAUAAUAUGGAUAAAUUCCCUAGAAAUUCCAAAAUGAAGCAAUUAGUUCAGGAGCGCAUAGACAAGAGGAAAAAGCUGUUGAAGUUUUUAAGACAAUAUGAUUACAAGAAGUUUGAAUGGCUUCUGGAAAAACUCAAUAUUGAGUACAAAGGUCAUCCAGAAUCAUUCCACAAGCUAUCCCGUAAGGAGUCACUCCGCAGACUCACCGAAAUGCACUGCGAAGGCAUUCGUAACAAUAAACUGGCGGACUACCGCAACUUACUUGAAAGUCAACAAGGUCCAUUCUUAAAGGAAAAAUUAGAUAGUUUGAAGUUUAUUCGAAGUGAGCAGAUGGAAUUGAAAUUACCGAUCACAGUCACUGAACAGGAUAUUAAGAAGGUUGAACAGCAGUUAGAAGAAUGGACGAAGAAGGAUGAGAUCAAACAACAAGCUAAGAAGAAGAAGAGGAACAGUAUUCUAGAAGUUGAUUGA